GGAGAUAAAACCGUAAUAGUUUUGAGUAUAUAAAUGGUAAAUGAUGUUGUCUUCUGGGUCAAAUAUAACACUGCAGUGCUUCGAGUGAAUGCAUCAAAACAAUCAUGAAAGGAAUUGUUAUUCUUACCUUGUUCGCCAUUUUGGCUACCGCCUGCGCCAACUCUGAUGUCACCCCUGAGACACUCAGAAGACUGUGUAGAUAUCAUGGGGACGAUUGGCUUAUUCCCAAUGUUGAUGACUGCACCAAAUUUUACAACUGUGCUCACGGCGAACCAAUCGAGCAGUCUUGUUAUCCUGGAUUAGUAUACAACGCUGUUAAUAGAAAUUGUGACUAUCCACAGCACACUGCUUGUGCCACAGCCAUACGUCCAGCACCUCCUGGUUAUGAGUAAACCUAUAAAUGUCUAAAAAUAUUCUUAAUAUUCACUGCUAUCUAAUUUGCUCCGUAAAAUUUGUAUAAUAUGAUGUGGAAUACUUCCAAUAAAGUAAAACUGCAAAGUAAA